GCGGACGAAGAGGAAUUACAGAAGUAGUUCUAAUUUUCAAAUAUUAAUUCGCAACAUGUUUAUCUUCUCGUCAGCGGAGUAGUUUUCCAGUAAAAAACACAUAUUGAAUGGAAAAGAACAUUUAAAUUUCGUUUAUAUCUAUUGUCGUUAUUUGAUAAGAGUUUAUAUCGGUACAGAUUUAUUUAAACUGUAGAACUAUUUUAGCUCACGGAAGCAUUUUGGUAAAUUGUCAAGAUUUGGAAGGACACCUGUUUUGGACAGCUUGGAAGCGGCGUCCGCAGAAGUUCGAUUAUUCUGUGUGAAUAAUGUCACAAUAGAAUCAUGGAUGACGAACGAAUUGAUUGGAUACGUCACCAAGUCUAUUUAGGCUUAGACAUUAAAGAAAUUGAAGUGUUUGAAGAACUUUUAGAUCGUGAUGAUGGGGUUUGUGAAAGAGAACUUGGCAAAUUCUUGAAUGAUACUCCAGAGGAAAAUGAGUCAUCGAUUGUAUUUUAUAAAAUUACAAAGGAAGAGGAGGAGGAGGUAGAAGUUGAAUGUGAGCCAGAGAUCCCAGAUAUAACACAGGAAGAAGAGGCUGCUGAAGGUGAAGGUGGAGAACAAGCCCAGGGUGAGACAGCCCCAGCAGAGGAUGCUGAACCCAAAGAACAAGCUCUUGGAGUGUCUACUCCCACAGGGGAGGGGGAGGACGGAGCUAAAAAAGGUGCAAGUGGUAAAAAGCGUCGGAAGGCCAGCACACCAGGUGGUGAUUCCAAGUCAGAAACACCAACACCUAAACCAGAGGCUCCCACACCAGAAGUGGCAGAAUCAAAACCUGAGGAAGGAGAAGAGGGGGAAGGAGAUGAGGAAGAAGAAGAAGAGAAGGCCCCUAGAACAAAAAUUGUUGUACAAAAAGUGCAGCGAACCUAUCUGUACAUGUGUUACCAGCACCUACCAGAAGAGUUUGCAGAUCAUGACAGCAUGUACUUUAUCCGGAACACUCCUGGCAUGGUUCCUCUACCCAACAGCAAGGAUGAAGCACUUGAAACUCUACCUAACUAUUUUGAGAUGGGAAUUUUGAAUGGACAUUCACUUGUCAUGUUGGAGCACAUAAUUGCUCAGGUGUACAUGCCACUGCUCUCAUACAAUCAGCACAGAAAUGGUGAGAGUAAGGCCGGAGAGGCAAAAAGUCGUCCAGAAACUCGUGCAGACACUCGUGCAUCACACAAAACUGACGGAGAGGAAAAAGAAGGAGAAAAGAAAGUCAAUGUGGCUGAGUCACGUGCUAAGGCCAUGUUGAGAGAUGAAUUUCUUAUAAGUAUGCAGAAAUUUGCAGCCAGUAUUACUCGCACAAUUCAACAGAUUGAGGGAGAAGUGAGAUUAGAGGUUCCAGAGAUGGAACUCGGUGACAAUAUUGAUGAAAUUGUAGCAAAUGCUGAACUCAUGGACCAGAUUCGAGAGGUUUGUCACGAGUGGACUAAACAGAUCAGAGGUGCGUUAGAACUUCAGUUGAAGAAGGUUCCACAGGGCAAAGGACCAUUAGCAGAGAUUGACUUCUGGAGAGAACGUAAUGCAGGGCUGAGCGCUCUCACAGAACAGCUGAAGAUACCACAAGUUGCUAAAAUGUUAGAAGCAUAUUCUCAUCUGGAAGCAGAUUUUGAUGAUGUAAAAUCUGAAUUGAAUAAAUAUUACGUUGAAGCAAAAGACAAUGUCAGAUUUCUCUCAACUCUUGAACGUCAUUUCAAAAAUAUUGCCCACGGUGCAACGUUUCAAGUUGUGAUAGAGACAAUUCCGUCGAUGAUGAAUGCGCUACGUAUGGUAUGGAUUAUUUCCAGGCAUUACAACAAAGAUGAGCGGAUGGUUCCCCUGAUGGAGAGGAUUGCCUGGGAACUCGCUGAGAGGGUAGAUAAAGUCAUCAACAUCAGAAAUAUCUUCAAAGACAGUACAGAUGAAGUGAAAAGAAGAACAUCAGAGGCCAAGAGAAUGUUGCAGGUAUGGAAGGACAGUUACUUCGAGGUCCGAGCAAAGAUUGAGCAGUCAGGACGAGAUCAGAGGUGGGAGUUUGACAGAAAGAAGUUGUUUGAAAGGACAGACUAUAUGUCUAACAUCUGUCAGGACCUUUACGAUGUCGCCCAGGUUUUGGAAGAGUUUUACAACAUAUUUGGACCCGAGUUGAAAGCAGUAACUGGUGAUCCUAAACGUAUAGAGGAAGUACUUGUCAGAGUUGAUGCCCUUGUUACCCCACUGGAGGAGGUUGCUUUUGAUCCAUUUGUGAUCCGCCAUUCACAAUCUUGGAAAAAUGUGAUGGACCAUUUCAACAGGGAAGUUGUUGCCAUUGAAAAUGAAGCCAAAAUGUUCAUAGACGAAUCCUUCCAGUCGCUGAGAUCUGCCGAGGGAGCUUUCAAUCUGCUGUUGAAAUUUAAGCACAUUCGAUCCCGCGACGCUAUUAAUGCUCAGAUGAUGCAGAAAUUCCGGGAUAUCUUAGUUCAGUAUCAGAAAGAAGUAGACACUAUGGAGAACUUGUUUGCCACACAGAAGGAAAACCCACCGCUACACAAGAACCAUCCUCCAAUAGCUGGCUCCAUCUACUGGGAGAGGUCGCUGUUCCACCGAAUUAAACAUGUGAUCAUCCGAUUCCAGUCCAUGGAAGAUAUGAUGCAGAGUGACAUGGGAAAAGGGACACGAGCCAAGUAUCUGAGUGUAGGUAAACAGAUGAAACUGUAUGAAGACAGUAAGUAUGAACAAUGGCGGGAACAUGUGGAACAGGUCUUACCUUCACUACUGAAGAGGAAUCUUAUCAUCAAACCAACACAUGCUCAACAAGUCCAGUUACAACAACAACAGACUGAGGAAGGUGAAGGAGAUGACCUCACUACUACCCAUGACAAGUCUUUUUCUCGGGAUGAUCAGCGUAGUGUAUCCUCCCCGUUCAGUCAGUCACGUGCGACAAUGACUCCACACUCCACCAGUCAUGCUCCUACACAGAGCACCAACGUGUACGAGGUGAAGUACAUUGUAGACUUUGAUCCUAUGUUAGCGGAAAUAGUUUCCGAGACAAAAUACAUGGAGCAGCUUGGAUUUCUUUGA